AAAAUUAAUACCAAAAUAUCAUCCGAAACUAAUAAGCGAUUAAAACAUGUAUUUGUUAUUCACCGACACGGCGAGCGGACACCGGACUAUACCUAUCCAAACGAUCCGUACGGUUCGGUGGACAAGUACUGGCCCGACGGCUGGCAACAACUGACCAAAAAAGGAAAGCAACGAAUGUAUUCAUUGGGAAAAUACAUUAGAAAACGGUAUAAAAACUUUUUAGGCGACUCUCCCCGCGAGGUCUACGCCCGAAGUUCAUCCAAAGACAGGUGUCUGGAAAGUGUUGGCCUAGUAUUGUCGGCACUGUAUCCGCCGGUCGGCCGAUGGAAAUGGGACGGCCAGUUGGGCCAACAUUGGCAGCCAAUACCGAUAAUUACGGUCAGAUUUUGCGAAGACGGGAUGCUGAAUCCGCGAUCGUACUGUCCGACAGCUGAUAGGGAUCGCAAACAGAUAUCUAAGUCAAAACCGGUCAACGAAUUGAUGGCUAAACAUCGAAAUUUGUUGCAAUAUGUGUCGGAUAAGUGUGGCGUCCAAUUGGACGACUGGAGCGCCGGUAUGCUAUAUAAUACAUUGGAAAUACAGAAACUACAUAAUUUGGGACCAAUUGGUUGGCUCAAUCAGACUAUCUAUCGUAUGUUACGGGAGUUUCACGAAAUGGUUUUCAUAUUUGACGCCAACACUCGUCUACAGAAACGAUUGAGAGCUGGUUUACUACUUAAGGAUAUAACUGAUCGCAUGAGACAAUCAAUCAGUGAUAGAAAUUAUAGCCACAAAAUUGCUUUAUACUCAACGCAUGAUAUUCAAGUGGCGCUAUUGCUUAACACUCUCAAUGUUUAUGAUAAGCGAAACAUACGUUUCGGCGCCACUAUUAUCAUAGAGUUAUACCAAUUGAAUGACAGACCCCAACAACAACAAUACGGUGUUGAAGUGUAUUAUCUGAAUGUUACCGAAUCGGAACAGCCGUACAAAUUGUAUUUGAAUCGAUGCCACCAAAGAGGAGGACAGGUAUGCCAUUUGGAUGACUUUGUCCGAUCAGUACAAACCUAUAUACCCGACAAUUGGUUGGACGAGUGCCGAUACACGGGUGGCGGUGUCGGAGGAGUUUUUAAUAUCAAAUUAGAGUUAUAA